CAGCUGACUACCAGAUUCAAGCUUUACUAUCACACAGAAGCUUUUGUCAUAUACAAUCAACGGCUUGUUGUUGUAGGCAUAUGACCCGGAAACUACGGGCUUGGCCUGACCAACACGCGAUGGAGCAUCUUCACCACAGGUAGCUCAUUUCAGGGCAACCCUGACAUCAUCUCAGCAACCUAACCUCAGUAUAAACUCCCUGCCAAAUUCCAAACACCAAUUUUGCGCCUCUUUAUCCUAAUUUGGGCUCGUAAUCGUUCCGUGGAGCUUCUUUGAGUAGUUUUGAAUCCUGCAUCACACCAAGAGGGUCUCGUUUUACAGGCACUCUUAUCAAACAUCCCGUCAUAUUGGUGUGGAUGCAACGGCAGCGAACCACACAUUCAACGUCUUAUAGUCGAGGGUAUAAAUGGAGCUUUCUAUCUUUCAACUGCUGCCAACCCAAAAGCAAUUCUCAUCCUCCAUCAUAUUCUCAAUACGAUUGCCUGCCUUGUUUGAUACCAAACACAAGAUGGGCGAAUUCGUCAACAGCGAGCCUGACUUGGGCACCAUCAAACCUUCAUUCACCUCUUCAUCCGAACCUGAGAAUCCUCGAUCAAAGUCCCUCAUCCAGGCUCUAUCCUUGGAGUCCCAUAUCGAGGGGGGCUACUUCCGCCAAACUGAUACAAAUCCUACUACCAUUCCUUCACCGUAUUCAUCCGAAGCUCUCUCCCACGAAACUCUGGCUCUUUCGGGUCCUGCUCGUGAAGGUUAUAGGGCGGAUACACGACGUCUCUCUACCACCAUUUACUACCUACUAACCCCACGCCAUGGUCAGGGGAGCUUCCAUCGCAACCGCAGCCGUGUUAUUCAUACCUUGCAUCGUGGACGGGGACGCUAUGUACUCAUCCACCCUGAUGGGCGCAUCGAGUCCUUUAUUGUCGGCAAUGCGGUUGAACGAGGCGAGCGUAUACAAUGGAUCGUCGAAGGUGAUGUCUGGAAGGCAAGUUACUUGCUCCCCAACGAGCCAGAUACCGGCAAUGAGUCAAAUAGUGAGGAAACUGAGGGCCUGCUGAUCUCAGAGACGGUUGUCCCUGGCUUUGAAUAUCACGACCAUGCAUUCCUCACUCAACAAGGAAUUCGUGAACUACUCAACGAAGAGCAAGCCCGCGAGCUGGACUGGCUCGUGAGAAGAUCGGAGUAAAUGUUUGAGGGCAAUGAUUAAGACUAACAUUUGUGAGAGAGGAGACAGUUGUAUAAGAAACGGGUCGCUUCUAUAGCAUUUUUGGAAACGUGUAAUGUCGUCUGGCAAUCUCAUUGCCAUUGAUUACAGACUCCAGAGCUUUAAAAACAGGCGGCUAUCAAAAGUGCAGUUCGGUACGAUGUUGUACCCAAACCCAUAUCAAUACAUUAUUCUA